ACCCAAACUCGGCAACCAGUUUAAUGUCUCUAAUCUCGAAGACGACGACGACACUUUCUUUUCGACGAACCACCGGCCCUCGUAUUCCGUUUCUUCGACAAGUCUUUUUAAACGAAGAAUAAAAAAAGUCGCAAAUAUGGGUGGUGUCACAGUCCGGGACGUCGAUGCCCAAAAGUUCAUCGGCGCUUACUCCGCUUUCUUGAAGCGUCAGGGAAAGCUCGCCAUCCCUGGUUGGGUCGAUACUGUCAAGACCUCCGCUUCCAACGAGCUCCCUCCCCAGGACGCUGACUGGUUCUACGUUCGCGCCGCCGCUGUCGCUCGUCAUAUCUACCUCCGCAAGACCGUCGGCGUUGGCCGUCUCCGCAAGGUCCAUGGAUCCCCCAAGAACCGUGGCUCUCGCCCUUCCCACCACGUUGAUGCCUCCGGCCAGGUCGACCGCCGAGUACUCCAGGCCCUCGAGAAGAUUGGUGUCGUUGAGAUUGACGAAGAGAAGGGUGGCCGACGGAUCACCCAGAGCGGCCAACGUGAUUUGGACCGUAUUGCCAAGACCACCGUUGACGAGGAGGAGGAAGAUGACGAGUAAAUUAUCUAAUUUACAUCCACAUGUGUGAAUGAAUAACUUGGUUUCUCGCAUUUUCUUCUUUUUCUUUGUUCCAUCCCUGGAGUUUUUCAAAAUUCAUGGUCACCUUUUCUCUUUUCCCUUUUGAGAAUCACUCGACAAGAAGGAAAACAAUCCGCCAAACUUAUCCUCCUUAAAUAUCUCUUCUUUUCCGAUAUACCAAUUUAUCCCCAAUUGGUACAAAAAAUCUGGUGGGCGGUUGUGGACGAUUACAUAGACGUGCUGCCACAUGAUUUGAGCUUGGAGAGCGGUUAUACGAUAUCCUUUCCGACAACCGUGGUUUACGAUGUCGACUGGGCUACAUGCAAUGCUAUUCAAGUGAAAACCCUCUUGAAGAAGUCUGAUGAUAAUCUCCGAAUGUCAUACCGGGUUAUCAUUUGAAGCUUCAUUUGAUGAUGUAUCGCAUGGGUUCUGUGUUGGCAAAUAAAACAGAAGUGCAAUCAAAUUUCAAACAUUC